AUGACGUCCCAAGCUAGCGAUCACAGCCCUAGUGAUGCCAGGUCAGGCGACCAGCUGUUUCGCGUGGACAUUGAAAACCUCGGUUCAAAAAGAUCAGUAACACAACCACGAUCUCUGGUUCAUAUAUGGAAGAUUCCCCUUCCAUUGCGACAGCAGAAAAUUCGCUCUGAUCUGAUCAAAAAUGUCGCUUGCGUCAUGACUCUAUUAUGCAUUGCUCAAUUAAUGUACAUUAUACACCUCAAAGAGGGUCUAAUCCGCGUUGCAAAUGACCCCUAUGACAAUACGUUCGCAAAUAUCCAUGUCAACAGCGCUGCAGUCUGGGACGAUGAGCGCCAACCAUUUAUCCAUAACGCUCUUCCUGUACCUGUACACUCACAUAACGACUAUUGGCGCAGUAUUCCCCUCUUCGAAGCGAUUGGGUCGGGUUGUAUCAGUGUGGAGGCCGACGUCCACUUGCGAGACUCUGAUCUUCUAGUCGGCCAUACAGGAAGGAGUUUACGCAGCGAUGCAACAUUGAGAUCCAUGUACUUGGAUCCUUUACAACGCAUGCUAGAGGCUCAAAACCACAAUAUCACGGAUGGCUCGUGGCGGGGAAUCUUUAACCUCUCCCCUCAACAAACAUUCGUUCUUCUUGUCGACCUCAAAACCUCUGGGCCAGAAACAUUUGCAGAAUUGUAUGCUCAAUUACAACCGCUGCGAGAGCUUGACUAUCUCACAUACUGGAAUGGUUCAGACAGAUUGAUACGGCCCCUUACCAUUGUAGCCUCAGGGAACGCGCCCUUCGAAUCCGUCACUGAGGUCGAUCCACAGCAUCGAGAUAUCUUCUGGGAUGCCAAGCUUGAGCGUUUACCUUCCAUCAAUGAUGACUUCAGCUCCAAUCCAGUCAAAUACACUUACAAUAUCUCCAACUCGUACUUCGCUUCGACCGAGUUCAAAAAUGCCAGAUUGUUCACCUGGCGUGGUGAAUUUGAUUCCGCACCAGAGAGUCCCCAGUUGCUCGAUAUAACAGCUUCGCAACUUGAGCAAGCAAGAGCAAGAGGCUUGUUAUCCAGAUAUUGGAACGUGCCCGAGGAACCGCCAAAUCUGAGGGAGAUCGCGUGGAGAGUCUUGAUUGAAAGAGAAGUCGACGUCCUGAAUAUGGAUGAUCUAGGCACGGUAAGAGCUAGGGCUAGAGGAUGGGGGCCAAUCAAUAAACAUUAUACUAAGAUAUAA